UUUUACACUUCAAGUGGAAAAACCAGGCAGUCAAGUAGAGAUGUGAAGCUGAUAAUUAUUUCGUCAAACGGAGGAGUUAAGAAAAGUUGUCAACUGUGAAAAGACUGAAAGAGGAACAUGUUGGAGGAUAUUCUUCAGUCCCCCACUUCAGUCUCCCUGUUUGGGGUCUUUGUUGCUCUGCUGCUCCUCCACAUUCUUCACUCCAGCUUCAGUUCCCAAAAACGACCAGAACCUCCAGGACCCAGACCCCUUCCUCUGUUUGGUAACCUGUUCCAGCUGGAUUUGAAGAGACUCGACCAAAGUCUUUAUGAUCUGUCCAAAACAUGUGGAUCAGUUUUCCAAGUCUACUUUGGACCAAAGAAGGUGUUGGUUCUGGCAGGUUACAGGACCGUCAAAGAAGCUCUGAUAAACCAGGCGGAUGAGUUUGGAAACAGAGAAGUCACUCCUAUUUUCUAUGAUAUGAACCAGGGACAUGGUAUUCUGUUUACCAACGGAGACUCGUGGAAAGAAAUGAGGCGUUUCACUCUGACAACACUCAAAGAUUUUGGGAUGGGCAGGAAGAUGAGUGAACAGAUCAUUACUGAGGAAUGUGGCUAUCUGAUUAAUGAACUGAAACAAUAUGAAGGUAAACCCUUCAACAACACCCAGGCCAUCAGUUAUGCUGUUUCAAAUGUGAUAUCAGCUCUAAUGUUUGGAAAGAGAUUUGAAUACAAGGACCCGGCCUUCCAGAUGAUGGUGGCCAGAGACAACGAGACUAUUCAUCUGACUGGAUCAGUUUCUGUCCAGAUUUACAACUUUAUGCCUUGGCUGGGGCCUUUCAUUAAAAACCGGAGGGACAUUAUCAAAAAUAUGGAAGACACAAAGGCAGAUGUAGGGAAGGUAAUAGAAGAGCUGAAGGAAACUUUGGACCCCGAGGUGUGCAGAUGUCUUGUUGACGCAUUUCUGAUCCACAAGAAACACCUGGAGGAUUCUGAAAUCAGGAAUUCCUACUACCACGAUGAUAACCUGCUGUACAUUGUGACAAAUCUGUUCGGAGCUGGAACUGACACUACAGCCACGACUCUGAAGUGGAGUCUUCUUUACAUGGCCAAGUUUCCUCAUAUUCAAGCUCGUGUUCAGGAGGAGCUGAGCAGGGUGGUUGGAAGCCGGCAGGUUCAAGCGGAGGACAGGAAGAACCUGCCAUACACUGAUGCUGUGAUCCAUGAAACACAGAGACAUGCUAACAUCGCCCCCUUGGCCAUUCCUCACACAACGAGCAGCGACGUCACCUUUCAGGGUUAUUUCAUCAAAGAAGGAACAACAGUGUUUCCUCUCUUCACGUCUGUCCUGUAUGAUGAGAGUGAAUGGGAGAGCCCUCACACUUUCAACCCUUCUCAUUUCCUGGAUGAUCAGGGUAAAUUCAUCAGGAGAGACGCCUUCAUGCCCUUUUCUGCAGGCCGAAGGGCUUGUCCCGGAGAGAGUCUGGCCAAAAUGGAGCUCUUCCUCUUCUUCUCCUCUCUUCUUCAGCGUUUUCGUUUCACUCCUCCUCCUGGAGUUUCACCAGAUGAACUGGAUUUAACACCAGUUGUAGGUUUUACUCUCACUCCUGAACCUCAAGAACUAUUUGUUGUUCUUCUGCAGUGAGACAAACUUUCAUUUUUUUUGUUUAGAAUAUGGCAAAAAUGAAAGAACGUUUGUGGUGUUUUACUGUUAUCUGAGUAAAUGGGUUAUGCUAAGAAAUAAUCCUGGUAAAAGAGCAUGUGUAUUGAGAACAAAAUAAUUCUAAAUAUAAUAGUUUUUAUGGAUUACUCAAAUAGUAGAAGAAUCAUGAAGAAGUUAUUUUCUUCCUCUUUGUUGCUUUAUCAUAUUCCUCAUAGUUGUUACCUUUUCCAAAUGUAGAUAUUUUCGUAUAGGACAAAUAAAAAAACAGAAAUGUAGGCAUUUAUGGAUACUUCAAUUAUUGCCAAGUAUUUACAAAUGGUUUAAAAUAGAGAUAGGUAGUUUCCAGUUUGGAGUCAAAACUUCCAGCUAUAAUUUGAGAAGAUUUUCCUGUAUUAUUUGCAGAAAUAUGAAUCAUGUUUUAAAGAUGGAACGGUUUAUCUCUCAGUUUUUAUUUGUCAGAGAUAUCAAGUCGAGAGAAAAAUCACAGAGUUAAAUGGAGCUUGUAAAAUUGUUCACAUAUAAUUAGAGAAAAAAAGUGAGGUUUUCUUUGUGGAAACGAGAAAAUCAAUGUGUUUCAAAAGUUAUCCCUCAUGCAUAAUCUUUAAUGUCACUUAAAUUGAUUUUUGUUUCUUAUUUUAAAGCGUGUGUUUUUUUGCCUGUUGACUUUAUGGACAGUUCACUGCUCCCCAGAGAACACUUGUAUUUAUUUCUCUUUAUUUUUAUUGUAUUUUUUUAUCUUAGCAAAACCACAUACAGUACCUUGUAAUUAUCAUAUAACCUUUUUAAUUAAUAAAAGCUUAAUUUCAAGCGCUUGAAUCAGAUAACAUGACUGCAGUCCGUUAAUUUUACUCGUGCUGCAUUUCUGCCACAGAGGAAAAAGUGUGACGUACUCGACUGUUUUGUGUUUAUUGAAACAAAUGUGUUCAGAUUUAAAAAAUUGUAAAAUAAAUAAUAAAUCAAAUACCUGUUUUAGACUGCCGGUUGACAGCAUAAAGAGGCUAAUUCUAAUUCCUGCAUUCGCUGCUCUUUUGACUCUUCUUUAUAAAAUUAUUGUGUAAAUGUUUU